AUGUCCUCCUCUUUUCUGGACAGUCUCACGGAAAUAGAUUAUCAACAUAUCUACACCGUCACUAAACGGUGGUUCAUUUAUGUGCCCGCCCUUGUUGCACCAUUUACUCUGGUCUACGAUGCACCCUUCGGCCGCUUCGCGACUCCCAACUCAAUUCUUGCGAUUGAUGGCAUAAAGUCAUGGAUUGUAAUGGAGACAGUCUCACCAUUGACCUUUCUCACCACCCUCGCCCUCCAUCCGUUCUCCCGCACUCCAUUUGAGGCACCUGUCCCCUCCAACAAUUUCCACCUGACGCCACAGGCAUUGCUGGCAGCCUGUUUCCUCACGCACUACGCGAACAGAGCGCUCAUUUCACCGCUCCGGAGCCCUUCGCGAUCCUCUUCUCACCCUAUGGUCGUGCUGGCUGCGUUUGUGUUCAACAUCCCCAAUGGAUUCAUGAUGGCUGCCUACCUCUCCGCCACCUCCACAGCUUCCUACCUAUCAGGCACUUUCUCGACGCCCCGAUUUUGGCUCGGUAUAGCUAUGUGGAUCGUAGGAUUUGCGGGAAACAUAAUCCACGACGAGAUCCUCUAUAAUCUUCGCCGUAAAGCCAGCGCUAAAGGCAAAGGCAAGGAAGAGGAUCGCUCCCCCACAGAGGAUUCUAAGGGCACGACAAAACCCAAACAAACGCAUCACUACUCCAUCCCUCACGGUCUUCUUUAUAAAUACAUAUCCUACCCCAACUAUUUCUGCGAAUGGGUCGAAUGGCUUGGCUUCGCACUCGCCGCGUCACCAGGACCUUCCUUUUCCCUUCUCAAAUCGUUAGGACCAGCAGCAUGGACAGUGGUGGUGCAGAGUUUGAUCAAGGGGGAUUUGAAGACUGUCGGAGGGGUGUUGGGUCCGUUCGCGGAUUCGGUGAGCGCGCCAUGGGCAUUCUUGUUGGCCGAGGUAUUGUUGAUGCUGCCGAGGGCGAUGAGGGGACAUUGGUGGUAUCACGAGAAGUUUGGGGAAAGCUACCCAAAGGAGAGGACGGCUGUUAUCCCGUUUUUGCUGUGAAGUUUGAGGUUGAGAGGACUUUAUAAGGGUAGUGUACGAUUAAAGCUGUUGGACCCUGUGACGGACCUUGUCUGGAUUUUGUUAUGUUGGCCUGAACAGAUUUCCGGAGCAGCUUGCUCGACUCGC